CACCUACUCUUAAUCUUUCUCAAUAGAUGACGCUCCCCCAACCUAUCAAAAGCAACGCUUGUCAAAAAUAAAGUUCUCCUGUGAAAUAUUGUGUUAGUCGGUGUCCCUUUUUCUACCUACUAAAUGGACGCAGACGCGCACUCUUCAGAAGGUGAGUACAGUUUGGAGUACUCCGAAGACAGUACCGAUGAACCGGACGUAGACUUGGAAAAUCAUUACUACCUGGCGAAAGCGAUAAAAGACGAGAACUUGCACGAGGCGAUCGACGCUUUUCAGAAAGUCAUAGACUUGCAAUGCGGCGAUAAGGGAGAAUGGGGUUUCAAGGCGCUGAAACAACUGGUCAAAAUCCAUUUUCAGUUGGGCAACUACGAGGACACGAUGACCAAAUACAAGGAAAUGUUGACGUACAUCAACGGAGCCGUUACCAAGAACCACGGGGAGAAGUCGAUUAAUUCAAUUUUGGAUUUCACUUCGUCUUCGACUGAUAUUGGAAUGCUGAGGAAGUUCUAUGAGACAACUUUGGAUGUUUUGAAGACGACCAAGAACGAUAGGCUUUGGUUCAAAACUAACACUAAACUUGGUAAGGUACUUUUGGCGAGAGGGGAGUUCUCAAAGUUGGCCUCAAUAAUCAGACAACUGAAGCAGUGCUGCAAAUUCAAUGAGAUCGACAGUGACAACACUCUGCAAGGCACCCAACUGUUAGAGAUUUACGCGCUGGAGAUCCAGAUGUAUUCGGAACAAAAGAACCACAAACAACUGGAGCAACUAUACGAACAAUCCCUUAGGGUCCGAUCGGCGAUUCCCCAUCCCCUAAUUUUGAGCGUUAUCCGAGAGUGCGGGGGGAAAAUGCACCUCAGAUUGGGCAAUUAUGCUGCCGCCUACAGCGACUUUUUCGAAGCCUUCAAAAACUACGACGAGUCCGGCAAUUCGAGGCGAAUCACCAGCUUAAAGUAUUUGAUACUGACCAGCAUGCUCAUGGACUCGGCGAUAAAUCCGUUCGAUUCCCAAGAGGUAAUGCCGUACAAGAACAACCCGGAGAUAAAGGCCAUGACCGACUUGAUCCACGCUUAUCAACAAGAGAACAUGGCGGAAUUCGAGCGCAUCUUCCGAGACAAUCGGGACACCCUGAACGAGGAUCAGUUCGUUAACGAACACGUUGAGGCUUUGGUCACACAGAUGCGCACCAAAGUACUCCUCAACCUCAUCAAGCCUUACAAGUCCAUCAAGAUCAGCUUUAUGAGUGAGGUUUUGGGAAUUUCUGAGGAGGACGUCGAGGACAUUUUGGUCGCUUGUAUUCUGGACAACGCCAUCAAGGGGAAGAUCGAUCAGGUUAAAGGCGUGUUGGUUAAGAAUGAUGACAUGUGCAAUCCCAGAUAUCCCGCCAUGCAUAAAGUUGCCAAUGUGUUGGGGGAGAUUUCUGAAUUGAUCAAGUUGGAUGAAUGGUUUGGUUAAUUCUUUGUUUCAUAUUUGUUUUCCAACUUGCAAUAUGUUACUUUAGACUGUUAUAUAUUAAUAUUUUCUUAUUAAUUAAUAUAUUUUAAAUUCACAAGUGUUGAGAUUCGAAAUUGGAUAACUGGGUGUCUCAGGUACUUAGGUACUGAAAUCCGGAAAAGAGAAAUUUCUGAAUUGAUCAAGUUGGAUGAAAGGCUUUCUUAACUCUUUGCUUUGUAAUUUGCAUUAGAACAUUUUGGACCUUAA